CACACACACACAGACACCACCAUGAAAGCUCACCAGCGCCAACUCAGACUCCGCCUCCACGCUUGCACCACGCGCCGCCAUUACGCCACGAAAUACACAGCGAAGGUGACCUCCACCUCCCCCACCGGGCGCUCACUUACCGCCGAGGUCACCCCUCUCCGUUCUCCCUACCCCACCGACAUCCGCGGCUACCCAGUACCCCGCCGCCACGUCAUCUGCAAGGCGACCCAAAUCCUCCUCCACCACCACGCCAACCAAUCCCGUCCAUCCACACUUCACCACCCGAACCCGAAUCCCUUCCUCGACCUCUCCAACUACCUCCACUCCCUCGCUCUCCCUCUUACCCCCUCCGAGGCCUCCGAAAUCCUGAAAUCCCUAAACGACCCCUCCCUCGCCCUCAAUUUCUUCCGCCUCUGCCCCUCGCUUUCCCCGAAUUUCCAGCACGACUCCUUCACCUACACCCGCCUCAUCCUCAUCCUCUCCAAGUCCUCCUCCCCGGACCGCUACGAGCUCGUCCGCUCCCUCCUCUCCCAGAUGGACCAGUCCAACACGCGUGGCACCAUCUCCACCGUCAACAUCCUCAUUGGCUUCUUCGGCAAAUCCCAGGACCUCGGCCUCUGCAUCUCAUUGAUCAAGAAGUGGAACCUCACCAUGAACUCUUACACCUACAAGUGUUUGCUUCAGGCGUACCUCCGCUCCCACGAUUCCGACAAGGCCUUCCACGUCUUCACCGAAAUGCGCCGCCGAGGUUACAAAUUGGACAUUUUUGCUUACAACAUGUUGUUGGAUGCUCUCGCCAAAGACGAAAAGGUUGGCCAGGCUUACAGGGCUUUUGAAGACAUGAAAAGGAAGCAUUGUGAGCCUGAUGAGUUUACAUACACAAUUAUGAUCAGAAUGAAUGGAAAGAUUGGUAAAGCCGAUGAGUCACUGGCACUCUUUCAGGAAAUGCUAGCAAAGGGCUUCGCUCCAAAUUUGAUUUCUUUUAAUACUAUGAUGGAGGCACUUGCUAAGGGUCGCAUGGUUGACAAGGCCAUUCUUCUCUUCUCUAAAAUGGUGCAGAAUGAUUGUCGGCCGAAUGAAUUCACGUACAGGGUCGUUUUGAAUGUUCUGGCUGCAGAAGGGCAGCUUGGUAGACUAGACGAGGUGGUGGAAGUAUCAAAGAAAUUCAUGAAUAAGUCGAUAUAUGCAUAUCUUGUAAGGACUCUGAGCAAGCUGGGCCAUGCAAGUGAAGCUCACCGGGUGUUUUGCAACAUGUGGAACUUCCAUGAUAAGGGGGAUAGGGAUGCUUACCUUUCCAUGUUAGAGAGUUUAUGCAGUGCAGGUAAAACAACAGAGGCUAUAGACCUGCUGGGGAAGAUUCAUGAAAAGGGAAUAGCUUCUGAUACAAUCAUGUAUAAUACUGUUUUCUCGGCCCUUGGCAAGCUGAAGCAAAUCUCGCAUCUUCAUGAUCUUUAUGAGAAGAUGAAACAAGAUGGUCCUUCACCAGACAUAUUUACAUAUAAUAUUCUCAUCUCCAGCUUUGGCAGGGCCGGAAAGGUUGAUGAGGCGGUUAAAAUAUUUGAAGAACUUGAGAAUAGCAAUUGUAAACCUGACAUAAUCUCUUAUAAUUCCUUGAUCAAUUGCCUUGGGAAGAAUGGUGAUGUUGAUGAAGCUCACAUGAGGUUUAAGGAAAUGCAAGAGAAAGGAUUGAAUCCUGAUGUUGUCACAUAUAGCACGCUCAUCGAAUGCUUUGGGAAGACGGAUAAGGUUGAGAUGGCCUGCAGGUUGUUUGAUGGGAUGCUUGCUGAAGGAUGCUGUCCUAACAUUGUAACAUACAACAUCUUACUCGACUGUCUUGAGAGGUGUGGGAGAACUGCUGAAGCAGUGGAUCUGUAUGCAAAACUUAAGCAGCAGGGGUUAACGCCAGAUUCAAUUACAUAUGCGGUGCUUGAACGUUUGCAAGGUGGUUCACAUAGGAGAGUAAAACAUCGAAGGCAAAGCCCGAUUACUGGUUGGGUUGUUAGCCCUUUGAGGUGAUGAAGUUGCGAUGGGGAUUGCUCAAGAAACUAAUUGCAUAUUUUUAGUCACUGCCUUUGAGGGCAAGUGAUAUUAUGGAGUUUUUUGAUGAUAUUGCCCGUAAUAGGGACCAACACUGGACGAUGACCAUUUUUUAUGGUGGUUGUUCUUGGUACAAUUACCACAGAGAUGUUGUAACUUCAGGGAGACCUUUUGGUUUUUGCUUCAAUUCAAGUUAUGGGGUUCUCCUUCUUUUCUCUUGUUACUAAACGAAAGGAGCAGCAGCAGCUUUUAUCAUUGUUUUUUUAUGGAUGUCAAGUUACCAGGUCGCUUUUCAACAUGACACCAGCUGUGUCAGGUAAGCACAUUUGCUGUUAUUCUAAUGUGAUUUAGUGAAGAUUACUGAUUCAUUA